AUGGAGACCAUUGGGGAUUACGAGGUCCUGUCGGUUGUAGGCAGCGGCUCUUUUGGAAAGGCGGUCCUUGUAAAGGAAAAGACAGGCCGCAAACUCAUUAUGAAGCUAAUUAACACCAGGCAAAUGAAACGAGAAGACAUCGAAGAAGCGAAAACCGAAAUCCAAGUCCUUUCCAAGUUAAUAGAUGCGCCUUUUAUUGUGCACUACAGAAACGCGUUUAACGACACAUACCACGGAUGCCCGCAUUUGUGCAUUGUCAUGGAUUUCUGCGAAGGAGGAGACCUGGGGAAGUUUAUACGGGAGAGGAAGCGGCAGCACAAGCCUUUCAGUGAAGUCACACUCAGGACUUGGCUGCUCCAGCUGUGUAUUGCCCUCGACUACAUGCAUAAACACAAAAUCCUGCACCGAGAUCUCAAGCCUGCAAACGUCUUCCUGGACGAAAACAACUACAUCAGAGUUGGUGAUUUGGGACUGUCCAAAAUUCUCGAGUUUACUCUCCAGCAAGCAAAGACCCAGUGUGGCACGCCAGCAUUCAUGGCCCCUGAACUUUGCAUGGGAAAGCCUUACCAAGCAGCAGCAGACAUUUGGGCCUUGGGUUGCAUCAUGCUUGAAGCGGCGACCUUUGAGCUACCAUUCAGGGGCCUAAGCUUCCCCGAGCUAAACAGAAACAUAUGCCACGCUCCGGCCCCGAAGAUUCCCGCUAAGUACUCAGCCGAACUUCGCGAUAUAUGCGACAAAAUGCUGAACAAAAACCCGAAGGACCGCCCGACUGCACGCGAGAUUCUCGAAAGCCCUUGCCUAAAGAACGACUACAUCCUCUACAAGCAAAAAACCAAUGGAGCUUGA